CCUGCACCGCCGCGGCGUCCGUGUCCGCGUCUUCGUCGACGCCGACUACAUGGCGCUCCUAGGGUCCCAGGUCGGGCCGUUGAGGAGAGCCGGGAUUCAGGUACGCCAUGAUCAGGAGAGCGGCUACAUGCAUCAUAAGUUUGCCAUCGUUGACAAGAAGGUGCUGAUCACAGGCUCCUUGAACUGGACCACUCAAGCAAUCCAGAACAACAGAGAGAAUGUGCUGGUGGUAGAAGAUCAGGAUUGCGUGAACAUUUUUCUGGCAGAAUUUGAAAAGAUUUGGGAAGACUACAAUCCUGCUAAUUAUACAUUUUUCUCUGAACAUGAGAAACAGGGGCUGGAAAAGGGUAAAGCUAAUUCUGGGACAAAAAUAUAGUGUGGCAGAGAAAAUAGGGUUUGGGGAGUUUGGGUUCAGAAACUCUCGGGUUAUUUGGGAAUGGCAGUUACUUUAAAAUGAAGGUAAGUAGCAAGCAAAGAAUUACACAAGCAGUGUAUUCCUAAGUGUGUUCCAUAAGUUUACUUUCCAAGGAAUAGAACUUGAGAUAUGCUUUAUUAAGUGAUAUAAACCUGCAGGAAUAUUACAGAACACUGAAGACAGAAUGCAAUGCAGGAAUUGUAUACUGAUCUUUGUAAACCCAUUUCCUGCAUGUGGAAAGUUAACAUUCCAAGAUGUUACCUUUAAUCUGUGAACAUAUGCGGGAUCAGCUCUCGCAUCUGUAUCGGGAGAGAGAAGAGGCUCAGGAAGGCUGAAAAACCACCAUCCAAGGAGCAGUUGAAAUCCUGAGCUAUGGAACAGAUCAUGUCCGUGCUACAUGUUUGAACUCUGGGACUUAAGAACCUGAAAGCAGGAAGUGGAGAGGCAGAACCGUCUAACUGCAUGUUUAGAACUCUAAGAACAUGUCCAAGUGCAGCCAAAGCUACGAUGACACUGUUUAAAUGUUUCUCUGUGUCAAAGGGUAUUAGUAGCAGUGGCUUUAAGUCUUGUGUUACUGAUGAGAAAGAUGCCAAGAGAACUCUUGGAAGAGACUAAAACAUUAUUUGAGGCAAAUAUUAAUCUAUGAAUGCUUUGAAUAAGUUGUCAGGGCUUUACCUCCGAUUUGUUUCGUUCUUUUAGUGAUUAAAGCUGUGGUUCCAAAGAACAGG